UCCUGCAAGAAAGGAGCUACUGGAUUGGCAGAAACGUUGUGAAAUUAUUGAAGGAAUUGCUCAAGGAUUACUCUAUCUUCACAGAUACUCAAGAAUGAGAGUGAUACAUAGAGAUCUUAAAGCUAGUAAUGUGCUCUUGGAUGAAAACAUGAAUCCUAAGAUAGCUGAUUUUGGUUUGGCAAGAAUUUUCAAACAGAAUGAAACGGAGGCAGUGACUAGCAGGGUUGUUGGAACAUAUGGUUACAUGGCUCCCGAGUUCGCCAUGGAAGGAGCUUUCUCGAUCAAGUCUGAUGUAUUCAGUUUUGGAGUCUUAAUGCUGGAAAUUGUGAGUGGUAGGAGAAAUACUAGCUUACAGCAAGACGGUCGUUCAUUGAACUUAAUAGGUUAUGCAUGGGAACUAUGGAAAGAAGGGUGUGCACUGGAAUUGAAGGAUCCAUCUCUCGGAGAUCUUUGCAACACUCAACAAUUAUUACGAGUUGUUCAUGUCGGACUAUUAUGUGUACAAGAAGGCUCAACAGAUAGACCAACAAUGUCUGAUGUUAUCUCAAUGCUUGGUAAUGAAAGUAUGCCACUGCCAAUUGCAAAACAACCUGCAUUUUUCACUGGAAGAGAUGAAGCUGGAUCCUAUUCAUCCACAAUCAAAACAGAACGAUUUUCGGUUAAUGAUUGUUCUAUCUCUGUCGUUGAAGCAAGAUGAGACUAGAGAUAUUGUUUUGCUGUAAUAGGAUUGCAAUAGAUCACCAUAUUUUCAUUACCUCCAUUUGACUUUUGGGCUCUUUUUUCUCAAGUCUAAAAGCUAAUUUUUCCUGCGACAAA